CAAGAUAUCCCUAUGGAAGUCAGUGAAUCCAAUGCUGCUGAAAACAAUGAAGAGCACACAAUGCUUCCACCCAGCCAUCCCUCCCUAGAGGACCACCCUGAGACUGCAAGUGAAGAUGAAGGUGGAGCAAGACAAUGACCAUGUGCCACACAAUCAAAGCCCCCGUAGUCCCACUGAUGAAGAAGUACUUUAUAAAUGAAUCAAAUAGUGCAAGGGACACAGUAUGCCAGACACUCUCUAUGAGACAGACACAGAAGAACAGGUGCUUGAUGGAAGGGUGUCACCAUUAAACCAUGAUAUCGAAGAAAAGCAGACUGAUCCUACACAUGUACAGGAGAAUGUUACAGAUGAAGAGCCUUUGAAAAAUGACAGCAAUGAAUUGGAGGAUAUAAAUCUUCCACAGCAGUCAGAUAUUGUUGUCCAUAAAGAAAUCUCACAAGUGUAUGUUGUUGAAAGUCAGACAGCAGAUACUAGUAACACAGGAGACCCAGUUCCUGAGGACAUAAAUGAAAAGACCUGAUUCAAAGGAAGAAACUCCAAUAGACGAAGACUCAAUAAUUUACACUGCAACCCCUAGGACUGCGUUUGAAAAGGAGAACACACCUCCAACAGAUAAGCCUCUUAACUUAGUAUGGUCAUUUGGUAUGAACAAUAAUAUCCCAGUUUAUAAUCUUGAAGAUAAAGAGCAUCAAGUGCUUCUCUAUGUGUGUGCUCACACAGCUGUCAUUCACGAUUUGACGCAUAACCACCAGCGUCACCUACAGGGGCACUGUAGUUGCAUUUCCUGCAUGUGUGUGAGUGAAGACGGAAGAUGGGUUGCUACAGCUGACCAUGGACCAGAGAGUCUUAUCAUUGUAUGGGAUUCAUUUUCUUGCGUCCCUGUUCAUACGAUAUUCCAGAGUCAUCCAGAAGGGGGAGUAGUUGCCAUAGCUAUGUCUCAGAAUGCUAAGUACCUGGCUACUAUUGGAGGAGAAACAGUUCAGAAAGUCUGUAUUUGGGACUGGACCACAGGGUCUGAAACACCAGUCUGUGCUGCUGAGCUUAAAGGAGAAUUUGGACUUCAGAAAUAUAUUAUAUUUAAUCCUCAAGAUCACACACAAAUAAUUACGAACAGUGAUACACAAGUGAUAUUUUACUCAUGGGAUAACUCUACUCUGGAAUAUGCAGCUCCUCUGCUGAAUAAUAGCACCUUUAACAAAGUUGUGGGAACCUUUAGCCAAUCGGUUUUCCAUUCUGUUAAUGUAAGAGCCUUGACAGCUACAUCUGCAGGAAAAUUGGUUGUCUGGGAGACCAUCAAUCCCCCUUCGAUCAGAGAAAGAGCUUUCAUAAAGCCACAUAAUAAGAAAGCAUUAAAGCUGAUGCAUCUGCAGAAAGAUGCAAUUACUGUGCUCACUACCCAUGACAGAUAUUAUGUCACUGGUGGUUCUCGUGGACAUGUGAAAUUUUAUGACCAACAACUACAUCUUCUAAACUGUUACAGCCAUCUUAAUCUGACGCCAAUCCAGUCCAUUUCUUUCUCAAAAAGCUCCCCUUUACCAGCGAGUGACAAGACAAAAUAU